GCUCCUACUUCCUGUUUGGUUAGUGUCCUCGGCCGUGUCAUUGCAGAUCUGUCCACGAGUAUUUUGUCUACAGACAAACAUGUCUGGCUACACACCGGACGAGAAGCUGCGCUUCGAGCAGCUGGUGAAACUCCGGAGGAGGUGGCUGAAGGACCAGGAGCUCAGUGCCCGGGAGCCCGUGAUCCCGUACAAACCUCCGAAUCCGAUCCAGAAGUUCUGGACACGCUUCCUGGAGCCGAAGAGCCUGUGGCGGCUGUAUACCUACAAAGUGUACCGUGGUGGAGUGUUCACAUUAACCUGGGUGCUGAUACCGGCCUGGAUCUCUCAUUACUUCGUGAAAUAUCAUGUUCUUAACAAACCGUGUGGCAUUGUGGAGCGGAAACGCCGACUUUUACCAGGUGACAUCAUUUGGGAAACUGGUGAAGUUAUUCCUGAUCUCCCCGAGACCAAAGGACAUCACUGAACGUUUUUUUUGUCUUUCCGUUGUUAAAACUGUGUGGACCCCAGGAAGAAUAGUCUCUACUACGGUAGAAACUAAUGGGGAUCCUUAAAUAAACAAAUAAUUUCAAUAAAAUAUUAGAAAGUACUUUA